AUGACUCUGCGUCCCUCUACUGCUCCUCGGCGUGUCCCUCUACCGUCUCCUCCUGCGUCCUCUUUGCCUGCCGUUCCGGACCCUGAGUCUGACCGGUAUCGCGCUGAGCACCCUACAGUCACGCGUCUCCUUGCUACUGUUGUCACUGACCCCACCUUUGAGUCCUCGGCUGCGUCUGCUCUGGUCGCUGAGUUGGUUGACUUUGCUGCUGCCUGUCGUCUAGACUACGCUGCUAGCCUUGUCGCUGAGUCAGAGUCUGCGUCUGUCUGUCCUCCGUCCGUCGGGGGUGAGUGUGCUCUUGGCACGGACGUCCUUGAGGACAGGCAGGAGGACUUUGACUCUCUUGCGGCUGCUGUACCUCAUCUCGUGGCCUCGUUGCUUGCCCCUGAGGGAGACCCGGAUGCACUAGACAUCCCCACUCCGCGCACUUACGCAGAGGCGAUCUCGGGUCCCUACUCCUCUCAGUGGCAGACAGCCAUGGACGCAGAGAUGGCAUCCUGGAAGUCCACAGGCACCUACGUCGACGAGGUUCCCCCUCCUGGGGCGAACAUCGUCGAUGGCAUGUGGAUUUUCAGGGUGAAGCGGCCGCCAGGUUCUCCGCCUGUCUUCAAGGCUCGUUACGUUGCUAGAGGCUUCAGUCAGCGUCAGGGGGUCGACUUCUUCCAGACCUUCUCCCCCACCCCGAAGAUGACCACUCUUCGGGUUCUGCUGCACGUUGCUGCUCAGCGUGACUACGAGCUUCACUCUCUUGACUUCAGCACAGCGUUCCUGCAGGGCAGCCUGCACGAGGAGAUCUGGCUGCGCCGCCCACCUGGCUUUACUGGGUCGUUUCCCCCUGGUACCCAGUGGAGUCUCCGCCGGCCAGUCUACGGUCUCCGCCAGGCGCCACGUGAGUGGCACGACACACUGAGGACUACUCUUGCGGCUCUUGGGUUCGCGCCGUCUACUGCUGACCCGUCGCUGUUUCUGCGCACUGACACGUCGCUGCCGCCGUUCUACAUCCUAGUGUACGUCGACGACUUGGUCUUUGCUACUGCUGACACUGAGGCACUCGCUCGUGUGAAGUCGGAGCUGCAGAAGAGACACACCUGCACUGACCUGGGUGAACUGCGUAGCUACCUUGGCUUGCAGAUCACCCGGGACAGAGCCCGUCGCACCAUCACCCUGACUCAGUCACACAUGGUGCAGCAGGUCCUUCAGCGCUUCGGCUUCCAGUUCUCCUCACCACAGGCCACACCUCUGGCUACCAGCCACUCACUCUCAGCUCCACCUUCGGACGAGUCCGUAGAGCCGAGUGGCCCGUACCCAGAGCUUGUAGGCUGCCUCAUGUACCUGAUGACUUGCACGCGACCUGACCUCGCGUACCCUCUUAGCAUCCUUGCUCGUUACGUUGCGCCUGGGAGACACAGGCGAGAGCACUGGGAGGCUGCUAAGAGGGUGCUGCGGUACCUGUGCAGUACAUCAGGCAUGGGGCUGGUGCUUGGAGGACGCGACAGAGUUGUCCUCACUGGUCACUCGGACGCCUCUUGGGUGGACGACCUGGCUACGCAGCGGUCGUCACAGGGUUACACCUUCAGCCUUGGCUCUGGUUCUGUCUCGUGGCGGUCCACCCGCUCUUCCUCUGUUCUCGGCUCUAGUUGUGAGGCUGAGAUCUACGCCACAGCCAUGGCUGCACAGGAGUUACGCUGGCUCACCUACCUGCUGACUGACUUGGGAGAGCGGCCUAGUUCUCCUCCAGUUCUGUACGGUGACAACAAGGCGGCUCUUGCCUUGUGUCAGGAGCACAGACUGGAGCACAGGACGAAGCACAUUGCUCUUCGCUACUUUCUUGCUCGAGAGCUUCAGCAGCGCGGUCAGCUUCGGCUUGUGUACGUGGACUCGAAGGCCAACACUGCUGAUAUCUUCACCAAGGCGCUCCCGCCUAGUGAUCAUCAGCGGCACUGUACUUCUUUAGGCCUUGUGUCCACGUUUCCUCACUUGCUCACUGCUUGA